AUGUCGGUUCUUGUUAACGGUAGUCCUACUAAAGAGUUUGCGUUUGAAAGGGGGCUUCGGCAAGGUGAUCCUCUAUCUCCUUUUCUAUUUGUUAUUGUAGUGAAAGGGCUUAAAAUUAUGGUUAAUAAGGCGGUGGAAAAUGGGGAUUUUGUCGGUUGUAACGUUAAAGGAGAUGGUAGUUGUAAGCACUUAUGGGCCAUUAAAGCGGUGUUGAGAGGUUUUGAGAUUGUGUUGGGUCUCGGUAUUAAUAUCAACAAGAGCAAGCUUAUUGGCAUAAACAUUAAUUCUCAUUUCUUGGAUGUGGCUACUUCCUUCCUUUAUUGUAAAAGGGUGGAAAAAGAGUUUUCUUUUCUCGGUAUCUGUAUUGGUUCUAAUCCUAAAAGGAUAAAGUUUUGGAGCCCUUUGGUAGAAAAUAUUAGGAAGCAUUUUAGUACUUGGAAAGGGAGGUGGCUUAGUUUGUUAGAACAAGAUUUGUUCUGA